CGCGUGCGCCUCCGCUCCACCAGGAACGCGCACGCCGUGCUCGCGCUCCUCCGCGACACCCUCGGCAUGCCCCCCGCCUCCGUCGCACGCCUCGUCGCCGCACACCCCGCAGUCCUCUCCUCGGCCACCAUCGGCGACAGGUUCGAUUUCUACUUCCACGAGCUCGGCCUAGCGCCCGCCGAGGUCCGCCGCUUCGUCCUCGCGAGCCCCAACCGCUUCCUCACCGCGGGGAUCGACGGCCGCCUCCGCCCCAAUCACCGCCUCCUCAGGGAUCUCCUCGGCUUCGACAAAAACGUGCUCACCGCCGUCAAGCAGUCCAUUGAGCUCAUCUAUGACAACCUCGAGGUCGUGCUGCUCCCCAAGCUCCAGGCGCUCCGCGACCAUGGCGUCACGGAGGAGGUCCUCGUCAAGCUCGUCACCACGCACCCCAAGGCGCUCGUGCACAGGGCCACCCGCUUUGAUGAGGGCUUGGCUGCCAUGAAGGAGUUUGGAUUGAGCCCGAACUCUGGCAUCUUCCCCUACGCCUUUGGGGUGUUUGCCAAAAUCUACCAGUCCAAGUGGGACCGCGGGGUGGAGAAUUACCUCAGCCUGGGGUGGACAAAGAAGCAGAUCAGGCGAGCAUUCAUCAAGCACCCCUACUGCAUGUCAGUGUCUGAGAAGCUUGGCUGGGACCCUGAGUACGUACGUGUCAUCGACCCCGACUGUUCUUUCCUUGAGCUAGAGAAGCGGACGCUGCUGAGGUACAAGGUGCUGGACAUUCUGGUGUCCAUGGGUGUCCUCAAGAAGGGCAUAAGGAUGGGCCAUCUGACAAUGUCGGAGAAGAAGUUUGCGGAGAGAUAUGUCAAUAGAUACCAGGAAGUGAUACCUGAAGUACUGGAAGCUUACGGAGCCAGGACAGGUUGUGCUGUGAAGUAGCAGGAUGAUUCUGCCCUGCUCUACCUGGGUACAAAGGCACUGUCUUCUCCUUGUCCUCAAUUGUUCGAUGUUUGUUGUUCCAUGCUUUUCUAUGGUCAUGAAUUGCAAUGCAGUACUGGAGUCGAUGAAUUACUUAAGUUCCUGUUAA